ACCGCUUACCUUGUGUGUACUCAUCCCCGUUAAAUACCUCGCCACAGGUAUGACAUACCUGGAUAUGAGCACAUACUUUGGUGUACCGAAAACGGUCUGCCAUUCGAUCGUGGACCGCUUCCUCCUCUCCUUCCCAAAACGAUACAAGGAGACAUGGGUGCGUUUCCCCACACGUAACGACAUGGCCGAGAUGGCCGCUGAGUUCCGCAAUGCGCGCGGUCUCCCGAACGUCAUUGGUGCGGUCGACGGGACCCACCUGCAGGUGAGAGGCAUUAACGACUACCGUUCCGAAUACUACUGUCGGAAACAAAUGUACUCGGUGCAGUUGCAAUUAACGGUUGAUGCGCGCUGUAGAAUAUGGGAUUACGUUGUGGGGUGGCCGGGCUCGGCUCAUGACGCCCGGGUGUUUUCCAAGUGUGCUUUAUUCAACCGGAUGGAGAAGGGAGACAUUGCACCAUACCACAUCCUAGGGGAUGCUGCCUACCCUUUAAAAGACUUCUGCCUUGCGGCAUGAGGAGCGCGACCAUCAAACGG